AUGAUUGCAUUUCACAAAAUUAGACCACUUAUGAACAGAGUCCUUGUCAAGAAGGUUGAGCCACUCACCAAGACCAAGGGAGGUAUUCUUUUACCAGAGAGCAACAAAGAUUAACUCAACUUUGGAACUGUUAUCUCAGUUGGCCCAGGUAGACACCAAGAGAAUGGUCAACUCAGACCAGUUUUCGUCAAAGAAGGAGACACCGUACUUCUCCCUGAAUACGGUGGUAGCAAAGUGACUCUUGCUGAUAACCAAGAUUAUUACAUCUACAGAGACGAUGAUAUCGUAGGUACCCUCCACGACCCAACCAAAUGA